CCUCUCCUUCCUGCUCCCUCCCCUCGCCCCUCCUCCCUGCUCCCUCCCCCUGGGCUCCUGCUCUGGCCAGUGUGAGCUGCCCUGGAAAGUAGGGGAAGAGGCGGGAUCUGGAGGGUUUCACACGUUGCAGGGGUGUCGCAGAGAUCACCCUGACGACCAUUGGUUAUGGGGACAAGUACCCCCAGACCUGGAACGGGAGGCUCCUGGCCGCCACCUUCACCCUCAUUGGCGUCUCCUUCUUUGCUCUUCCUGCGGGCAUCUUGGGGUCUGGCUUCGCUCUGAAAGUCCAAGAGCAGCAUCGGCAGAAGCACUUUGAGAAGAGGCGGAACCCGGCGGCCGGCCUGAUCCAGUCGGCCUGGAGGUUCUAUGCCACCAACCUGUCCCGCACGGACCUGCACUCCACGUGGCAGUACUACGAGCGCACGGUGACGGUGCCCAUGUACAGCUCGCAAACUCAAACCUACGGGGCCUCCAGACUGAUCCCACCCCUCAACCAGCUGGAGCUGCUGCGGAACCUCAAGAGUAAAUCUGGGCUCACCUUCAGGAAGGAGCCUCAGCCGGAGCCUUCGCCAAGGCCGGCGGAAGACUUUCUGUGCAGCCCCCUCACUGCCGUUGCUCAGACCCAAGCGCUGCUGGCCGACCCUGAGCCCAGAGCUGCCUCAGGUAAAGGCAGACCGUGCAGAGAGUCCCUGUGUGGAUGCUGCCCUGGACACUCUAGCCAGAAGGUCAGUUUGAAAGACCGUGUCUUCUCCAGCCCCCGCGGCGUGGCGGCCAAGGGGAAGGGGUCCCCGCAGGCCCAGAGCGUCCGGCGCUCCCCCAGUGCCGACCAGAGUCUGGAGGACAGCCCGAGCAAGGUGCCCAAGAGCUGGAGCUUCGGGGACCGCAGCCGGGCGCGCCAGGCCUUCCGGAUCAAGGGCGCCGCGUCCCGACAGAACUCGGAAGCAAGCCUCCCCGGGGAGGACGUCGCAGAGGACAAUAAGAGCUGUAACUGCGAGUUUGUGACGGAAGAUCUGACCCCAGGCCUCAAAGUCAGCAUCCGGGCCGUGUGUGUGAUGCGGUUCUUGGUGUCCAAGCGGAAGUUCAAGGAGAGCCUGCGGCCGUACGACGUGAUGGACGUGAUUGAGCAGUACUCGGCGGGCCACCUGGACAUGCUGUCCCGCAUCAAGAACCUGCAGUCCAGGAUAGAUAUGAUUGUGGGCCCCCCACCCCCUUCAACUCCCCGGCACAAGAAGUACCCCACCAAAGGACCCACGGCCCCUCCGAGAGAGUCACCCCAGUAUUCACCUAGAGUGGACCAGAUCGUGGGGCGCGGCCCAGCCCUAACGGACAAGGACCGCACCAAGGGCCCGGCUGAGGCGGAGCUGCCCGAGGACCCCAGCAUGAUGGGCCGGCUGGGGAAGGUGGAGAAGCAGGUCUUGUCCAUGGAGAAGAAGCUGGAUUUCCUGGUGAACAUCUACAUGCAGCGCAUGGGCAUCCCCCCCACGGAAACCGAGGCCUACUUUGGGGCCAAGGACCCGGAGCCGGCGCCGCCGUACCACAGCCCCGAGGACAGCCGGGAGCACGGGGACAGGAACGGUUGCAUCAUCAAGCUCAUCCGCUCCAGUUCCGGGGGCCAGAAGAACUUCUCGGCACCCCCCGCCGGGCCCCCGGCCCAGUGCCCGCCCUCCACCUCGUGGCAGCAGCAGUGCCACCCCCGCCAGGGCCACGGCACCUCGCCCGUGGGGGACCCCGGCUCGCUGGUGCGGAUCCCGCCCCCGCCCGCCCACGAGCGGUCGCUGUCUGCCUACGGCGGGGGCCACCGGGCGAGCACGGAGUUCCUGAGGCCCGAGGGUGCCCUGCGGGACAGCGACACGUCCAUCUCCAUCCCGUCCGUGGACCACGAGGAGCUGGAGCGCUCCUUCAGCGGCUUCAGCAUCUCCCAGUCCAAGGAGAACCUGGACGCGCUCAACAGCUGCUACGCGGCCGUCGCGCCCUGCGCCAAAGUCAGGCCCUACAUCGCGGAGGGCGAGUCGGACACGGACUCGGACCUGUGCACCCCGUGCGGGCCCCCGCCGCGCUCCGCCACUGGGGAGGGCCCUUUCGGCGACGUGGGCUGGGCCGGGCCCCGGAAGUGAGGGUGCCCGCCGGCCUCUCCCUGACUCUUGGCCUCCAGGUUUGCAGAUGGGACUCGGGGCCCUUUCCUCGGAGGGACACGGUGGGGGGCCUGUGCGGCGGCGGCCGGGCGGGGGCUCCCCGGCUCCCGCCCCGAAGGCUGACGAGAGCUUUUUCACCAAGGGGCAGCCGGGCCGGCCGGGCCCGCUCUGAACCGUUGGCCGGGGUGUGAGCAGGGGUGACGGCCGAGAACAGGCCGGGAGGAGGAGGGAGGAGGACGGAGGAGGACGGAGGAGGACGGAGGAGGAGGGAGGAGGAGGCGCGGGGCUGGGCCAGGGCUGGGCGGGGGGCAGCGAGGAGCAGGAGCGGCGGCUCCGGGGCCCGUGGCGGUGGCUGCAGGGCGGACGGCUGGCCUCUCGGGCGAGGCCAGGUUUCGUCCCCGUGUCCCUGCCCUGGCCACCCAGAGAGCUGCCGGUCCGCACCUUCCCCCCGCAGCCCGGGGUCGGAGCCAGUCCCCGGCCGGGGCGCUGGCCUUGGGGGUGAGGCCUCGGGACCUCGCGGCCUUGGCUCGUAGGGGGGGCCUGUGCCAUAGCUCCUGGGAGGGGUCCCGGGAGGCUGUGCCCUCUGCUCCCCGCCGGCUGGUCCCAGCCGCCAGGCCACAGACACCCGUGUGCGGGGAGCGUGCUGGGAGGUUGGGGGCACCGCUGGGGCCGGGCGCUGCUCAGGGAGCGGGGGCCAGGCGGGUUGUGGUGACCAGAUUCCGCGCUGCCCCUCAGUGGGGGCCCUGCCUCGAGGCCCCUCGCCGACGCCGUGACGGGAUGUAGAGGGGUCCCAGAGGAGCCCCUCCAGGGUCGCUGGGUGCCCCCUGCGGACUCGAAGCAGCUCUGUCCUGUAGGAAGCCUCUCUGGUCGCCGCUGGGGCUGACCGCCCGCCCCUGCUGCCCCAGGCCGGUCCCUUGCUGUGACUUCCUGGCUCCUAGGGAGUCACAGCCUCGCAUCCGCCUGGGCCUCAGGGAGCAGGAACCCGUCUGUCCCCUGUGUGGCCUGUGGCCCCGGGGACGGCAGCUCUGGACUCUCCCCUCCGGGUCCUUGGCCGUCGGGGUGUGGGGGCAUCUGCGGUUGGAGCCCCCAGCCUGGGCACCGGGCGCCCUCUGAGGCAGGGACCAAGUGUGCACUGGGCUACGGGGCAACAUCCGCCACACGCUGGGUCCUGGGAGAGCCCGCGGCGACUUGGAUGCGAAGUGGUCAGUGAGAGUGUGUCGGUCCCUGACGGGGCUUGGGAAGCAGCGUGCGAGGCCCGGUGCCUGGGCAUGCGGUCCUGGUGCCCGGAGGUGUUUGGGGGGCGCUGUUGGGCAGGCAGGGGCCGCAGCUGCAGGCUCUGGGCCUGCCCCCCUUCUAGGACGGCCCGCGUCCAGCCGUGGGCUCCUCCUUGCCUGAUGGGCCCCCAGAGGCUGGGCCGGGCCUGUGCUGCCCGAGGGCGGUGCCCGGUCGGAGGCCCCGGGCUCGGAGUGGGAAACCGCUGCUCCCGGCCCCGCAGGGGACGCCCCGUUCCCAGCCUUGGGGAGCAGGCGUGGAAGUCCGUGGCCACGUGGCCUGGGCGGGAGGCUCUCUGGGGCACCCUGGCCGUCCUCACGACGGUGCAUGUCCUUCCUGGAGGUGGAGCUGGGCCUCGGGCCUCACCCCCAUCCUGGGGAACCUGGGCUGCGGGGCCCCAGGAGGGCAUGCGCGGGAGGCCCCUAGCCGAGCACGGCCACACCGGUCACCAGCUCUGGCCAGCCACGCCACCAGCAGCUGUCCCCAGAGAAAGCCGGCUGUCCUGUCCCCACACCCCCUAUGCUGUGGGUCCCUGUCCCCGGAGCUGCUGAGCCACCACCAGGAGGGCCCCCCAGGCUGCAGCAGGAGGAACGGGGACCCACGUCCCCAGGGAGGACAUGAGGUCUGCACGUGUCUCUGACCCCUUGGAAGGGGGAGGGCGUGUCUCUGGAGGCUGGUUUAGGGGAAUGCUCUGGGGAGAGGGUGUCGUCGCUUGGGGUCCUCCGACCCUGGUCUGAGCCGUGUGCGUCCCCCGCAGCACCGCGUGUGGCCCGGGGCUCCAGGAGGAGGCUGGUGCUUGCACAAGGAGACCGUGCGCCUUGUUGGGCGUGUGUGACGGCGUGCGGCUCAGGGCCGUGCCACCCUGGGCAGAAGGCUGAGGCUAGAGGGUGCACCGCGCGAGCCCACACUCCCCGGCUCACAGUGCCGCUUGUACGCGUGCAGCACGCACUCACCAGGCACAUCCGCUUGCACGCACUCACACACGUAUGCACAGUGCCCUCUCACACACGCUCGCCCCCGUGCACACGCACUGCGCCUCCCACCCUCUGUGUGAUCUCCGCGGGUCCGCCCCCUUGAAGCCCUGAGGAACUCACAGCUUCGUGUGACAGAUGGCACCAUGGCUGGGUCCCGGCUGUCCCAGGCUCCUGGGCUGCACCCGCAGAGGGGCCCGGGCCCGCCCAGGGUCCACGUGCCUCCCAUCAGCGGGCCCGGCCACCGUCCGGAGCCUCCGGUCGACAGGACGCCGCCACACGGCUCGGGCUGGGCCGGGCAGGUCCUCUGGCUCCUCGGCCACGUGACUCGGGAGCCGCGGCCCCCCCAGGCCUCCUGCAGGAUGCGGGGCCCCGGCCUGCCACCUGUCCCCUCCUCGGGGCCGCACGCUGCCAGGGCUGCUCCGUAGAGGCCUGUCUGGGUAGAGCAGGGAGUCGGGACCCGGCCUGUGGCCACCCCGCGCCCCCGGGCCCCCGCCAGCCAGGCGGGCCGGCGUUUCCAACGGGCUGAUGCGGUUUACCCGACCUCCUCCUCGCACUAGGCUGGAGCCCCCGGUGGUCGCGGAUUCGAACGUUAACAGGAGACCAGGGGGGAGCAUCCCUCUGCCGCCCCGCAUUCGGGGGGACGUCCCACAAAGCAGGUGCCCCCGCCUGCGCUGAGUGUGGAUGCAGCUCGGCCCCGAGACGUUUCUAGAUGCUUCCUGGAGCCCAGAGGCGUGCAGGGCCCUGGGAGGCCUUUGUAGAAAUGCUGACGUUUGUAUCUAUUUCGUAUUCACCCCAAUUGUAAAUACUGUACAGAGCAGCGGGCGCAGCCUUUGCCCUGGUGUCACGCUGCCAGGCCAGAGUGACAACCAGGUCCCACCCUCCGACGUCACCAGCCCUGGGAACCCGCGUGGAGUGCGCAGGGACGGCUGCACAGCCACGGGGGGCUUGGGGGCAGCUCGUGCCCCCCGGGUGCGGAGUCCCGAGCAGCAGGUGCGGCCCCGUGACCCCAGUGCCCCUGGAGUCAGACGCUCCCGCCCCUGACGACGCUGUCCUGAGUGGUCCUUGGCUGCCUGGGCGGCAGCGGCGUGGACACACCUGCCCUCUGUGACCCCGGAGCGGAUCUUCAGGCCUCCUGCUUGGAUGUACCGAUGCUGGGUGAGGGGCAGCAGGGCUGCGCGGGGCCCACAGGAAGGAGCCGCCCACCCCUGGCGCCAGGGCACCCUGCGUGGCUGUCCCAGGCCAGCGGCCUUCUGUGCUCCUGCCCCCCUGGGCUCGCUCCCCUGGGCCCGGCCCUGCACUGAGCAGGCUCGAUGGCCCCGGGGGCUUCCGGGAGGGCUGGCGUGGGGGGGCUGCCCGUCUCUUCCCUCCAAGGCACCGGGCAUCCGGCGGCCCAGGCCAGGCCCCCGGGGAGCGCCGGGAGCGCGCAUGGGUGGGGGCCACGGAGGGCGGGACGCGCCGCCUUGCUGGGUGGGGGCGAGGGCAGACCCCCAGAGGUGCUGGGCACAGGCUUCGCACGCGGGCGCGGCGCUCCCUGGGGCUUGGAGGACACCUGCUGGCGGAGGGCGCCGGGGCCCCUGGGCGGGCGGCCGAGCGGGGAGGGGCCUGGGUCCGCGGCUGCCCCCCCCCCGCGCCGCUCUGGCCCUUUCACGCUGUCGUUGCCUUAAAGCACGUGACGGACACUCCCCGAGGUCGCCCACGCCCCGCGCCUGCCCCGCCCGCCCAGGACCCCCGCCUCGCCCGCGGGACCCGCUCGGGACGGACGGAUGGAUGGAGGGACGCAGCGCGGGCGGCGGCCCGGUCCCCAUGCGGCCCCGCCCGGCCCGCCCGCCCGUCGCGCUGUCGCGGGCGCCGCCUGCAGCCCCCUCGCGCCGUUGCCUUGGCUGUCUGCACUUUGUUCAUGCUCCAAAGAAUACUUCAUAAUAUGCCUUCAGUACUGACGUACUCCCGGGCCGCGCGUGCCCCGCGCCGCAGCCGCCGGGCCUUUCUGUUGUCGUGAAUGUGUCACCGCCGCACACUCGACCCUCGACUCGCGCAUUGUCCGUUUUCUAGGGAUAGACGCCCAGGGAAAGAACUCUAGUUUUCUACGGACCAGCCGAGAUGCUAACUUGCUCAACUCACCGUCAGGUUGACACUUGUAUUCGAGAACGGGGCCCCGCCCGGGUUUGCCCAGGGGCUUCGGGGGUGGAAUCGGGCAGCAGGGACGCAUGUGGAAGGUUCUGGAAAGUUCUACUGCCACGGGGACCUGUUUGGAUGCCCAGUGGACCUGUGCACUUAGUAAAACACAGUGAUUCAA